CCUGUCAUGUGUUAUGUGUUUUUAUUUCAUUUAGACACACUGGUGCCGGUGACCAGAGUUCAACUCGGUGAACCUGCAACCUUCACAUGUGAUUUGACAGAUGAGUUGAACCGAAAAAUUUGUUGGUACAGGCAAAGUGCUGGGGGAAAUCUGAAAUUAAUUGUGUCAUUGUCUAAAGAUACAAACCCUGUGUAUGGACCAGACUUUUCUGACUCAAAACUGGAAGCAAAAUUUAAUAAAAAGAUGAGCAUUCUGACUAUUUUGAAAACACAACAAGAAGAUGAGGGAAUGUAUCACUGUGCAGCCGUGGACUGGAAUGAAAUUACUUGGAGUGCAACCUAUUUAUCAUUACGAGGAAAUACUCAGAGGACAUUAACCUACACUGUUCAGUGGUCGACAGUGUCUGAUCCAGUCCGUCCAGGAAACUCAGUGACUCUGCAGUGUUCAGUCCUCUCUGACUCUGAGAACAAGACGUGUUCAGAAGAUCACAGUGUGUUCUGGUUCAGAGCUGGAUCAGAUAAAUCUCAUCCAGACAUCAUCUACGCUGAUGGAAACAGACAUAAUCAAUGUGACAAGAGUCAGAAACGCUGUGUUUAUCGCUUCUCUAAGAACGUCAGCUCCUCUGAUGAUGGGACUUACUACUGUGCUGUGGCCACAUGUGGAGAGAUAUUAUUUGGAAAUGGAACAAAAUUGAACAUUCAAGAGAGUAAAACAAGUUAUGAAUUAAUUGCGCUGGUGGUAGCAGUCGUCUGCCUGAUCAUUUCUGUGACUGGAAAUAUUGUUUUCAUCUGUUACCGAACUCCAAGAACAGGAUGUGAACAAAAUAAAGGAAUAGAAAGC